AUGGGCUCAGCUGGAAGCCAGCGCCUCAAGGAGCCCAGCACGAUGGCCACUCCUGACAGAAACAUCGUCAUGAGCUUCAGCUUCCACAGCUACCAGCUGGAGGAGGAGACGAUGGCGGAGGCCGUUCAGGGUCAGAGUGUGAGGGCCAGAGGGGUCCCACCCUUCAUGGACCCCACCGUGGAAGAGCCUGUCCCUGAUGACCGCUACCAUGCCAUCUACUUUGCGAUGCUCCUGGCUGGCGUCGGCUUCCUGCUGCCUUACAACAGCUUCAUCACCGACGUGGAUUACCUGCACCACAAGUACCCAGGCACCUCAAUCGUGUUCGACAUGAGUCUCACCUACAUCUUGGUGGCGCUGGCGGCUGUGCUUCUGAACAACGUCCUGGUGGAGAGACUGAGCCUGCACACCAGGAUCACUACAGGCUACCUCUUAGCCUUGGGCCCCCUCCUCUUCAUCAGCAUCUUCGACGUGUGGCUGCAGCUCUUCUCUCAUGACCAGGCUUACGCCAUCAACCUGGCUGCCGUGGGCACGGUGGCCUUCGGCUGCACAGUGCAGCAAUCCAGCUUCUAUGGGUACACGGGGAUGCUGCCUAAGAGGUACACGCAGGGCGUGAUGACCGGGGAGAGCACGGCGGGGGUGAUGAUCUCGCUGAGCCGUAUCCUCACCAAGCUGCUGCUGCCGGACGAGCGGGCCAGCACGCUCAUCUUCUUCCUGGUCUCCGUGGGGCUGGAGCUGCUCUGCUUCCUGCUGCACCUGCUGGUUCGCCGCAGCCGCUUUGUGCUCUACCACACGGCCCGGCCCCGGGACAGCCGUGCCCGCCGCCAGGGUGCUGGCUACCGUGUGCACCACGACGUGGCCACCGGGGAUGUCUACUUUGAGCACCAAGCUGCAGCCCUGGCCAGUGGGGGGUCCCCCAAAGACAGCCCGGCACACGAGGUGACCAGCGGUGGGGGAGGAGCCUACAUGCGCUUCGAUGUCCCUCGGCCCCGGGUCAAGCGGAGCUGGCCUAGCUGCAGAGCUCUACUGCUGCACCGCUACGUGGUGGCGCGCGUCAUCUGGGCGGACAUGCUGUCCAUCGCGGUCACCUACUUCAUCACGCUGUGCCUCUUCCCUGGGCUCGAGUCUGAGAUCCGCCACUGUGUCCUGGGCGAAUGGCUGCCCAUCCUCAUCAUGGCUAUCUUCAACCUCUCGGACUUCGUGGGCAAGAUCCUGGCGGCCCUGCCUGUGGACUGGCGGGGCACGCACCUGCUGGUCUGCUCCUGCCUCCGCGUCAUCUUCAUCCCGCUCUUCAUCCUGUGCGUGUACCCGAGCGGCAUGCCCACCCUCCGCCACCCCGCCUGGCCCUGCGUCUUCUCCCUGCUCAUGGGCAUCAGCAACGGCUACUUCGGCAGCGUGCCCAUGAUUCUAGCAGCCGGCAAGGUGGGCCCCAAGCAGCGGGAGCUGGCAGGUAACACCAUGACCGUGUCCUACAUGACAGGGCUGACGCUGGGCUCGGCCGUGGCCUAUUGCACCUACAGCCUCACCCGGGAUGCCCCCAGCAGCUGCUUCCACUCUGACACCACCAACGGCUCCUUCCCCGGCCUCUGA